CCUCACCAUAUCUCCAACCUGACGAACGACCCAAGAGCAACAAGCUCCUCGAAUUAUAGCGACAUGGCUACACUUGCGCCUCCAGCCACACCCGGAGGUGCCAACCCUUCAACCCGAGGUGAAAUUCCCGCAACGCCGACGACCGACUUUGCGCUCAUCGAGGCUCAAAAGGAAAACAUCGUACCCCUCUCAACGGGCAGGUCAGCAUCGAUCUUGUCCAACGUCUUGACCAAAGAAAGAGCCGAGGCGGAUAGGAUGGUGCACGAGGGACAUGAACGGCAUAAACAGUCGAUCGAGGAUACGAAUCGACGAGAAGCCGAGGGGGACGAGUUGCCAGAGGGCAUUAACGAUGUCUUGGAGCCAUAUUGCAGAUACGUGGCGUUCAUCAACCAGCACCACCCUUCAUCCCCCUCCCACCUCCUGCCCGUGCUCGAAAAUACCACCCGCAAAUUCAUAGAAGACGCUCGAUUCCAGCAAGACCUCCGUUACCUAAAACUCUGGGCGCAAUACGCCCGUCUGGUCGAACGUUCCGACGACGUCUGGUCCUUUCUCAACAGCCGGGAAGUGGGGACGGGUCAUGCGCUGUUCUACGAAGAAUGGGCUUUGGCGGCGGAGAGCAAGGGCAAGGUCUCGAGUGCGGACGAGAUUUAUAGGUUGGGCAUCAACAGGAAAGCCCAGCCAUUGAAGAGAUUGCAGACGAGUUACCAAAGCCACAGGAACCGAGUCGCGGGGGUCGGGGAGGAACAAGCACAAUCUGGCGAGAGGAGUGCGGCACCGAGAACGGUACUGGCCAAUCGCUCUGGAUCCGCCCUCCAGCAAUCUGCCUCUUCCAGCUUACCCACCAAAACCCUGCUCGGACAACCUUUGAACGGAGCCAAGCUCGACGUGUUCUCCGACCAAGCACGAACAACCUCUGGUCUAGAUCAGCGGGAAGGAGAAUGGCAGGACAUGGGGACGAGGGAGGGGAACAGGAAGGAAAACUUUAUGGAGGCCAUGCCUUGGAAGGGGGAGGUGAUGAAGCAGGACAAGAGCAAGGUCACCCCGAGAGCACCGAAAAUUAGCGUUUUCAGCGAUGCGGACGACGCCGGGUUUGCCAAACCGCUUCCCCCAACUUUCGUAUCGGAUUCUAUCCGUGCGGACCCGCUCAAGAACUUCUCCACUAAAGAGUCCAAGAAGGCCUCGAGCUCGAGCGAGAAAAAGUCGAGUAAAUCCAAAUCUAGCUCUUCCCGCUCUAAGACCCCGGUCAGCACAAAUACCGGAGACGAAGGCCAAGAGGUCGUCGGCAAAGGUGGAAAGAUCGAACGAAGGAUGUUUCAGUGGGACGAGGUUUACAGGAACGGAACCGAAUUCUGCUUCGAGGAAAUCAGGGCUGCGAGAAUGGGUCUGGGCAGUGGGAGUUCGAGUGGAUGGGGAGCGAAGGAGGUCAGAGAUUGGGAGCUGGAAUGGCAUACUCCGACGCUGCAUUCGCCAGAAAAGCCUAAGCCGGUUGUGCGUAAGCCACCUUCACCGACAGUCAACACGAAAGCCGCCAUGGCAGAGGUGUUUGAGCUGUUCAACCAGACUCUAACGGUCGGCCGACGUGGGACUGGGGAUAUCGACGAGGACGACGAGGAUGAGGAUUCGGACGAUUCGGAAGAUGAUGAUGAUGAAGAGGACGACGAGGAUAUGAAGACGAGCGCGGUCCCCCCGACUCCCUUGCCUAUGCCCGGCACGGCGCCGAGGGUGGGGAUGAGCAUGCCUACCCCUAGUCGGAUGGUUCCCGCUACGCCUACCCCCGCACAGGGUUAUCUUUCCGGCCGGAAACAGUCGAGCGCCGUCGGAGCGAUCUUUGAGGAGGAAGAUGAGGAACUGCCGGUACUCAAGAAGCCGGCCUUUGCCAUCUUUAGCGACGAGAAUGCCAACAACGUCAAGCCAACAGUGUUUGCUGACGAGAAUGCCAAACCGUCCGUCUUUCAGGAUGAGAACGCUCCUCAAAAGCCUACCAAGAUGGCCGUCUUUGGGGACGAGAAUGCACCGAGACCAGUAUUUGCCGAUGAGAACGCUUCCAAGCCGGUCUUCCAGGAUGAGAAUGCGCAGCGAACCGUCUUUCCUGACGAGAAUGCCGGUUCUUCAAACGGUUCAAAGAUGCGAGAAUCCGUCUUUGGUCAAACUCCGAUGAAGACGCCACUUGCGCCUCGCACAAACAAACCUCUGACUGUGGUCAGCGAGGCCGAAUCGCCAGAACGAAGUGCGUCGGUUUUUGCGGAUCAACGUUAUACCACUCCAUUGCCUGCCAAAAGGGUGUUUGGACAAGCGAAACCUACCACCACGUUGACCGAGACUUCUGAAGAGGGUACAGUUCAAGAAGGAGCAACCAACGAGGACCAAGAGUAUCUGCAGGACGAAAAUGAUUACAACCCGAGGCGGAUUGUGCGAUGUGGAGGCGCAUUUGACAUGAUGACUCCCAUCACCGAGCGGACUUGCGAGUACACGCAAUCCACCCAGGGUUUCACCUUGCGCUCAUCAACGUCUAGCGCUUUGACGCAGAGCCAGCGCAAGGCAAUGGAUGAUGAGGAGGAAUUUGACCUGGACGAACAAGAGGAAGAGGUCUUGGCUGAACGACAGGGUCUUUCUAUUGUCCAGGAAGAAAGCGAAAGUUCGAGGGUUUCUGACCGACAACAGUCUGUGCAUCGAGAGCAAAGCCCGCAGGUUCCAUUCGACGAGGCUACCGGGGAGCAGGGAUCGAGACGUUCGGACGCAUCUCACUCCCUGUUCCAGUUGUCUCCUGGUCACACCAUCCAGCCGCGCGGUGCUGCAGAACGCGUUGUCGAGGAACCCGUCGUUGCUGAGACUGAAACAUCGCCUGUCGCCGAGACUCCUCAAGCAGAAACCCCAGUCGCCGUCGAAUCUGAAAGAAUUCCAUUGGCCAACCCCGUAGAAGAUGAUAUCAGCAUGGCGGCGCUGGAUAUAAGCGAUGCUCGACCGGAAAAGCUCAUGGUUCCUGUUCAGGACAUUCCCUCGCCUACCUCUGAAGCUGUGGUCAUGUUUAACCCAACCAACCCGUGCUGUCCCACCGACCCCGAUGUCAUGCAGCCUCUCAUUGCGGCGCUUCAACCGCCCAUCACUCAACUGCCCAACUUCGUCGACUUGAGGAAGACGACAGGAGGUCAGCUCGUGGAGCUGCAGAAGACUGCCAAGUCCCGCGUCAGGCGGACUUCCACUUCGACCGGAAGCAAACCGCCAGCAACAGGUGCUUGGGAGCUUACGAUCCAUGGGCGCAAGUUCGAAAUUGAGGACAAGAUUGGUGAGGGAGGAUUUGGUGCGGUGUUCAAGGCGAUCGACCUUGCUGCUCGUGACGCAGCGGACGAAGCGAGUGACGACGAGGACGAGGAAGCCAACCCGGAGGCCCUUUAUACCUUGGCUCUCAAGGUCGAAAAACCCGCCAACGUAUGGGAAGCCGUCGUUCUCGAUCGUAUCCGCACACGUGUGGCUCCGGAACAUCACCCUUCGAUUGUCAAGUCUAGGGGACUGUACUGCUACCAGGACGAGUCGAUCCUACUCCUCGACUAUUACAACCAGGGCACUCUCCUGGACGCUGUGAACAAGGCAGCUGCAUGGGGUAUCGCUGCGCCUGCGGCAGGCGCAUCUGGUGGUUUCGACGAGACGCUUGCCAUAUUCUUUACCAUCGAAUUGUUGAGGGUUAUCGAGGCUUUGCAUCGAGCCGACUUCAUUCACGGCGACCUCAAAAUCGACAACUGUCUCAUCAGGUUGGAAGAGACCGACGAAUGGGUUAGUCAGUAUGAGAUGAACGGGGAAAGUGGGUGGUCAGGCAAGGGAAUCCACCUGAUCGACCUCGGCCGGACCAUCGAUCUCCGGGCCUACCCUCAAGGUACCGCUCAGACGUUUGUCGCAGAUUGGCCGGUCGAUGCCAAAGAUUGUCAAGAAAUGCGGGAUGGUCGCCCGUGGAGCUAUGAGGCGGACUAUUACGGCCUCGCCAGUAUUUGCUACUGCAUGCUUUUUGGCAAGUACAUCUCAACGGAACUGGCACCGGCUGAGCCCAACGACGGAGACAAGAAAAGAUACAAGAUCAACGGGUCUUUCAAGCGCUAUUGGCAAACCGAAUUGUGGCAGUCUCUCUUUGACCUGCUACUCAACCCAAAGCUUGCCACGCGCUCAGGUGCUCUCCCUAUUCACGACGAGCUCGCGGCGAUUCGGGGCGAAUUCCAGUGCUGGCUCGAAGAGAACUGUACAAGAGGGGGCAGGAACCUCAAGAACCUGUUGAGCAAGAUUGAGCUGAAGGCGAGCUUGAACAAAUAGAUGGACGCCUCGCGGCAAUGAACAAUCACGACGCUUUGCCUUUGUACAUUAUCGAUUGUAACACCCUCCGAGAAGGGACGUGAUAAUAUAUUCGACGAAGGACAUUCGAAUCAGCUAAU